AUGAUUGCCGUACUAGAGGUCACCUUGCGCAUAUCUGAAAAUAACACGGGUCUUGGCAGUGUUCCGGACGACAAAUACCGUCACCUGCUCUGGACAUCCCUUCCGGCGGUCAUUGUGUCGUUCGUCGCAGUGUUCUUCUCUUCCAUCGACUUCAACACCCGGGCUCUGUCUCCAUAUGCUCAGAUGAUUAAGGGUGGAUCGUUCAAGACAUCUGUCAAUGCCAAUCUGCUGGACAAGACAACUCCUGUCGUCCUUUUCGAGGCCGCAGUUACUCGAAAUAUCGGGGUCAUUGGCACUACCACUGCCUUCCUGAUCGCCUCACUUCUGUCUAUAUUUACCGCCUCUGUCUUUUCGACAGUUGAUGUGCCAGUUGUCGACACAGUACAACUGCUUUCACAAGACUUUUUCGCCAGCUCUCAAUUCCUGCCUGCCAAUGAGAGCGCUAGGGGGAAUUUCAACACCGGCCAAAACUCUACCGUCGUACCAUCCCUCAUCCUCAAUGCGAACAUGUCAUUCCCGGCUUUCACAUAUCAGGACAUGGCGUUCCCAUCGUUAUCCGUUGCGGGCUUGCAGGACGGUCUUGACGUAUCGGGUGAUAUUAAGUUUACCACGACCAUUCCUGCGACCCGUGCACGGAUGGACUGCAAGCUUAUCCCCGACAAUCUCAUCAAUGUAAACCUUACGCUCGAGGCCUCCAUUGAUUUUGGCGGUGCUGUCAACCCGUUGGAGAUCUCCAUCAUCGAUGACCCGGCGAACGCUAGUAUCACCAUCAGCACAGCCCGAGGAGCUAAUGGAGUGUCUCCGAAAUCACCGAUCAAGACAUUUAUCGACUCCAAUGCCUUUUUCGGCGCGGCAGACUAUGUGCCUUAUAAGAAUGCCUCGUCGAAUACAAACCAGACGGCGCAUUAUGUAUAUGUUUGGGGCCGGCUGAGCAAUGCUGACACCAAUUCCACGACACUGGACUCUGUCAGUGCCCUCACCUGCAACGAGGUCUUACGAGACGUCGAUGUCGAGGUCACGUUCCUUGGCUCUUCUCUUCUGAUUGACGAGACGCAACCGCCAAAGCCUAUAGAAUCGACAGACAGGCCCUCGUCCGUAGCGAUGGAAGAGGCCUGGAAUUAUAACAACAUGGUCAACGUCUCGACGCCUCACCUACUUGAUCAAUUCUUCACAUCACUCGUACAGUCACAAUUCGCCAUCCCCCUCGAAGACCUGGGACUCGAUGAUAUUGUAACAAGAGGAGCCGUCGCCGACGCUAUCGUAGCGCAGCACGGCAUCAUCCGUGCACAAGUGACGAGCACAAACCUUCGCCGCCCAACCACAAAUAGCACUGCAGAGGAAGACGUCUCUCCCGAGGACGUCAGUGGCGGGUCUCUUGGUGAUGCUACCCAGUUUGCCUACGCAGCGAGACUUGAGAGUACCGGCGUUGGGGCUCGUAGGAGGGUGGUGCAAGACCUUGUUACGACUCGCAUCCUUCAGAGUCUACUCGCGGCGAUGGUCUUGUUCACCAUCAUCGGCUGGAUUGCGUUCCCCAAACCAAACAUCCUGCCUCGCCCACCGACGAGCAUCGCCAGUGUUGCCGCGCUGCUUGUCGACGGCAAUGUUUUCGGCUUCCUCGGCCGUGGUGCCGAGUGGCAGACCGCCGAUGAAGUCCAAGCCGUCUUCAAAGACGGCCUGCACGUAACAGCAGGCUUCAAGUUGGGCUGGGACAAGUUGCGGAAGAGACGACGCGAGGAGACACUUGCGACGUGGGGCAUGAACGGCUCAGUCCAAAAAGAGAAGGUCUUCAGUAUAUCUGCCAUGAGGACGGGUGGCUGGGGCGGAGGAGAGAACGUAGGCCUUGGAUUACAGGCGAGGGUUGGGUAUGGACAUAGACGCUUUGUCAGAGACUGGGGCUGGAGACAAUGA